UUCUCGUCAGGAUAGAAAAGAGGGAAGCGACUAUCACUUCUUGUUGUAAGUUUUCCGUUCCAUUUGACAAGGCGACUGAUCAUCGGAGAACAUGAGCAACGUCACCGGUGAUCCCACUGGAGACGACCUUUCCACCGCCGUCGCACUCCCCGGCUCUACAGCAAUCCAGAGUUCGCCUCCGACUGAUCGUCCCGUCCGCGUCUACGCCGAUGGGAUCUACGAUCUUUUCCACUUCGGCCACGCUCGAUCCCUCGAACAGGCCAAGAAAUCGUUUCCAAACACUUACCUUCUUGUGGGGUGUUGCAACGAUGAAACCACACAUAAGUACAAGGGGAGGACUGUGAUGACUGCUGAAGAGCGAUAUGAAUCACUUCGGCAUUGCAAAUGGGUGGAUGAAGUCAUACCGGAUGCACCGUGGGUGAUCAACCAAGAGUUUCUUGACAAUAACCGGAUUGAUUAUGUAGCCCAUGAUUCCCUUCCGUAUGCUGACACCAGCGGAGCUGGAAAGGAUGUCUAUGAAUUUGUUAAGAAAGUUGGGAGGUUUAAGGAGACAAUGCGGACUGAAGGAAUAUCAACCUCGGACAUUAUUAUGAGAAUAGUGAAAGAUUACAACCAGUAUGUCAUGCGUAAUCUGGAUAGAGGAUAUUCGAGGGAAGAUCUUGGAGUUAGCUUUGUCAAGGAAAAGAGACUUAGAGUUAAUAUGAGGCUAAAAAAACUCCAGGAGAGGGUCAAAGAACAACAAGAGAAAGUGGGAGAAAAGAUCCAAACUGUAAAAAUGCUGCGCAACGAGUGGGUAGAGAAUGCAGAUCGAUGGGUUGCUGGAUUUCUCGAAAUAUUUGAAGAAGGUUGCCAUAAGAUGGGAACUGCAAUCAGAGACAGUAUCCAGGAGAGGUUAAUCAAACAAAUCCCCAGAAAGAAGCUGGAGAACGGUCAGGAUGAUGACACAGACGAUCAGUUCUAUGAAGAAUACUUCGACCAUGACAUGGGCAGUGAGGAGGAUGAAGAUGAAAAAUACUAUGACGAGGAGGAAGAAGUAGAAGAAGAGGAGAAAGAGAAUGCCGUUAAAACGGAUGCAAAAGACAACAAGUAAGAACUAAGAACAACACUGGCUGUCAGAAACCAAAGGUUAGUGUACUAAUGACCACUUACUUUAGUCUCUCACUCUCUCUAUCAGUAAAAUGCAAACAUGUAGUAAUAUCAAUGUGUAGAAAGUGAGAGAGUGUGUGCUUGUCUUUGGUGAGUUGUCUCAUCGUUGUUGAUUUUUGUAUACAAAUGUUUUUCCUUUCGAUACUUGGUAUCUUCUGUAUCUUUUGUUUCUAUCGUUUUUUUUUCUGUAUAACAGGCAAAGUGUUAUGGUUAUGAAUAAUGCAGUGGGUCUGAAAAAGUAAAAGUCAA